CAAGAUAGGACUGCGCACUGCAUUUACGACAUCUGCAUACCUCCCAACACUUUCGGCGCUCACUAUAAGCCUCUCGGUUCCCUCAGACUUGUGCGGUUUCCUUGAAUACCUCCGCGCUGUGAGCUGAGGAGCUUCCGACGCAACUGAAGCUCCCGGUACCGCGGCUGAUCGACCAUCAACAAGCGUCCCCGCUACGCCGAGUGCAUAGCAGCCAGGACCAAAGCCCGUCCAUUCAAGGUACAGGCACUGGUAUUGACGUACAGAUACCGGUCACUCGCGCUGGUAUCUGUCACGAUACAGUGUCCAUUCGUCCAGCUGAACUCGCGGGUCGUUGCAUGACGCAGCACUCCUGUCUUAGACCGUCUACGGCACCUCACGCGCCGGGCUCACCCGCCCUUACCCUCCAGCGCGGUACUCUUACCCCUCCACUCCACAACAAGCCGCCUGCAGCAGAGCAACCACUCUGCGCCAAACACGCCAAACAGCUAACAGCUACUUGAAUGAGCUCAUCGCCGAACUCCGCUGCUGAGUAUACGACGCCUGUUUCGAACCUCAGCCACCUCCACCAGCAACAGCGCAACCGCCUCAAGGUGCAGGACACUCCUCAGCAGCGCGGGCGCAAGUCGAGAUAUGAGUUGGGACGAGAUAAUAGGCAUGGGGAGAGAGCUACACGCAUCUACCCGCGCAAGAUAACCAAGUCCCCGCCCUCCGCAAGGCGCUUCGCCUCUGCGUCUCCGCCUACAAACUAUAAUGCGACCACCUCACCACUGUUCUCGGCUAUCGGUGCCACCAGAACUGCAGCUCAAUACACAACAGAGUGGACCAAGUCCCUGCCUUUCUUCGCCAACCAGGCUUCUCCAGGCAACGGUGGGAUAGCCAUAGCAGGCUCACCACCAACGUUUCAGAACUCACCAGGUGCUCGAGACGGACUAUACAUGCCGGGCAUGUCGAACUCGCCACCUGCAAUCGGAGCACGUCCUCUGAGUCACCCUAACCAGCAGGCGACUUUUGGUGGUAGAGAUCGCAGACCGUCUACAUAUUCGCAGUACACCGGUCGCCCACUGUCGCAGAACUUCGCCGGAAAUCCUCCCCUGCCGCACCAGCCACAGGCACACUUCUACGCCGCGCCUGAGCUCGACCUUGGUCUGGAUGGAUUGCGAGAUGGCAGUGUUCCCCCAGGCGAAGGCGGGUGCUUCUGUGGAUUUGAUACGUUGAGCAUGGCCGGUGACGAAGCAGCUCGAAGUACGGAGAACGUUCUUCUGAUUGGCGCACAGGGCGGUCUGGAUGUCUUCCGGGUCGAAAGGGGCAAGCUCGACAUCGUAGGUCGCUUGGAAGGCUUGAGAGGUGGCGUCAUUGGCGCAAAGGUCUUACCGUGGAGCUCAAGAAGGGAUCCACUGGCGAAUUCCAGGCCGCUGAUUGCUCUGACGCUGCAUGGACCAGUUCUGAAGGAGAGUCGCGGCAGUGGCAGUGGCAGUGGCUCUUCAUCUGUCAUCGAUGACUCCGCCUCGGAGUCUCCGAGCAGACCUUCUAGCAACGAUUCAUCGACACAGGUCAGCGGCUACCAGACUACAGUCGAAAUCUAUUCCCUCAAAGAGCAAACGAAACUGGCUACUCUGUACACGAGUCCUUUGGUACCUUUGAUCACUCCAGUUGGAAGUCCUCUCUUUCAACCUCCUCCUGCAGUCGGAGAGUUAGUGGUCGAUGCGAACGGAAAGUUUGUAGUCGUAGCAUCAGGUACCAGUGGAGAAAUCUUUGUAUUUGCUCCCUAUCUCGAAGGCUGCAAAGAGCAUGCAGAGCGAUUCCGCUGUAUAGGCAAGAUAUGGACCUCUGUGCAGCUACGCGAGCGGGCAACUCCUUCAAGUGCCUCCAGCGGUGCGGACGGAAGCCAUGAAGAUGUUCCACCUGAGAAGUACGGAGUGCCAGUGUUCUCCCUUUCAGACCGUUGGCUGGCCGUAACUCCACCCGCAUCCAGCUCACAAUACUCUGUCAAUGGUACCGCUUUAACUUCCCCGUACUACGAACGACCACCAGGCAUUGCACAUCACAGCGCGCCACCUCAGCCAUCAUCGAACUGUGCUGUGGAUGCUCCUGAAGCGGCCAGUCUCUUGAAUCGAUUGACAAGAGAGGGUACCCAGGUCGCGAUCCAAAGCGCACGCUGGGCCACUGAGAAGGGUAUGCAGGCUUUCAAGAGCUACAUGAAUAAAGGCACCGCAACCAACCUACCGUACCAGGACACAAUGCAACACUACUUCCCACCCACACAUGGGCACAACCAGGCACAACCAAGGCAGGAAGCUACUGUAAUUGCGAUACACGAUCUGCAGAGACUCGUCGAAGCUGAAGAGUCACGGAGCAAGAGCGCCUUGCAACCUAUUGCAGUCAUUUCUGCAACACAUGGCUGUAGCUUCCUCUCGUUCUCCCCGACUGGUCUGAUGCUGAUGACCAUUAGCAAGAAGGGCGACCUGCAGGACGUAUGGGAUUUAAAACGCAUUAACUUCAGAAAGGCACGCAAGACUGCCAGAGAGCAAGCACUAGGACCGCAUGUACGACAAGUCGCCAGGUUUGCUCGCAUUACUGUCGCCAACGUUAUCGAUGUAGCUUGGUCUGCCCCACGCAUUGACAAAGUCGCUAUUAUUACCGACAAGGGAACGGUGCACAUGUUUCUCAUGCCAGCUUCGGCCUUCCAGUGGCCACCCUCCAGACGGAUCCGUCCAGCAGGCGCAGCGAAGCCGCAAGACGACAUAGCACCGGCAAAUAGUGGAGGUGCGGUUGGCUCCGCGAUGCAAGCUAUCAACGGUACAGCGAAGCCUUUCCUCAACGCUGUUCGUGGCCGAGCUACUAGUAAUGGCUCUCGCUUCACGUUCAGCAGUCUCGGCAUGACACCUGCGGCUGGCGCAAAAUCCAGCAAAGCUGUGGCUGCGGGUGUAGGAAAGUCGAUCAACGACAUCCGACAUGCUGGUGAUAACAAGCUUGCAUUACCUGUGUCGCCUACUGGCGUGAAGCCUUACAGCGUGCGAUGGCUCUCUGGCAAGGGUCGUGGAUCCAUCGCCUUGGUCGCUGGUGGUGUGUUGCAGAUCUGGCAAGUUCAAAUGCGAUCUGCCACUGGCAAAGGCAAGUCCUCCAACGCGACAUCGAUCUCGAAAAGGAAGGUAGUCGAGUUUGGUCUUGCUGCUAUUCCAGACAUACCGUUCCCUCCUUCUGUCACCGAACAGCUUUACCCGCAACCUGGCGACCAGGAAGUGACGAACGAUGUCUACGGAGAGUGGCUGCCUCGAGCUCUGCCACGCAAGCCUGCCGCACAGGGAGCCAAGGGGUCAGGUUCAGCCUUGGCACCUCUGAGCUUCUCUGAGAUUGAAACGAACCCACCAUACCAGCCGUUCUACACGGACCGACGGGUCACUCGUUUCGUUUAUUCGCGCCCCUUGGCAAGCGUACAUGAGAGUAGCAGCGAGUACCAGCCCUCGACACCUGGUCUUGCCAGCAACCUUCAUCAUGAGGUUGACAACACGUCUUGGCUCUUUGGCGAAGACGUUGAAGCCGUCCGCAUCUCGUCCCCAGCAACUCACAGCCAUGAUCUCGACGAAGACGAGUUUGUAGCUGGUGUCGCGGCCAGGAUCGAGAACAAGCUUGUUCUGAACGAGGAUGAAGAGGAGGUCGAGCAGGUCGUCGUGACUACUAGGCGAAGACGCGUCAAGCGGGAUGAUGAAGAGGGCGAGGAAGGCUUCUUUGAGGACGAUUGCGAAGUACUUGACUUCGCAGAGGAUCGAGUUUGAGCAUGUUGGCGACCUUUUGGGUCUAUUGCUUGGCAUGUCAGAGUCUCGACACUCAUGUUUGAUUUGCUUGCAUCAUGUUUCAGAUAUAGUGCAUGGGGGUGCUUUGGCGUUCUUCUGCUUGACGUUUUGAUACCGCCCGUGGCGAAUCUACAACAAGAUACCACCAUGUAGCCCGCGCACUUUAGAAUAAAUACAACGAGACCCCACAACAUCGCAAUCCCUCACAACGUCGCAAUCCAGAGCCCAGGUGCCAUUUCCGCACUACCUCUUGUACUCGGUCUCGAACCAGUCCGUACAUAGCAUCAUAUCUGCUCUUGGUGUUCACCGCUUCACCGCUUCACCGCUUCUGUUGACCACAGUCAGGUCCUCGGCAGCCUUCACGACCCCAGGAUGAUGGAUGUGAGCAUAGAGGAUGUG